AUGGGGGAACUGUGUAAAAUAAUCUUACCUAUCAACGGAAAAAAUACUAAGAAAGAAUGCCUGACAGAUAUUUUUACAAGGUGUUACAUCAAACUUCUCAAAUUAUCUUUAGGUGAUUAUCCUGCAACACUUGUUACAACAAGGAGAGGCAGUGGUAUUCCUCCGUACCGGGGAUCCAUGGAGCGCUCAGAAACAUUCGAAAGAGUUCCUCUCUUUCCUUUUGUUGGCGGUGUCGUUCAUCCACAAAUACAGUGUGAAGCUUGCAGCAACUAUCCAAUAAAAGGGAUCCGAUGGAAGUGCAGCGACUGUGAUGACUUUGAUCUGUGUGACCCUUGUUAUAUCAUUUACAAACACGCCAAAAGUCACAGCUUUUUAAGGAUUGAUGCGGCAAUUUCUAGACCACAUUACGUGGAGAAAACGAACGUUCAUGUACAUAUAGAGUGUGAUGGCUGCGGCGACUGUCCUAUAAAGGGGACUCGAUGGAAGUGCAGCGACUGUGAUGACUUUGACCUGUGUAACCCAUGUUACAUCAUUAAGAAACACGUCAUAAGGCACAGCUUUUUACAGAUUGAUGCGCCAAAUUCAAGAUCGGCCAAUUGUAGUGUGAACAAACCUUUUGACUUAUUUUCCAUGGCCCACAUAAGAGGACUGCAUAGGAAAUUGAAAAUUGAUGAAGGUGUCGUUCAUCCACAAAUCCAGUGUGAUGCAUGCAGCGACUGCCCAAUAAAAGGGAUCCGAUGGAAGUGCAGCGACUGUGAUGACUUUGAUCUGUGUGACCCUUGUUACACCAUUUACAAACACGCCAAAAGUCACAGCUUUUUAAGGAUUGAUGCGGCAAUUUCUAGACCACAUCACAUGGGGAAAAUAAACGUUCAUGUACAUAUAGAGUGUGAUGGCUGCGGCGACUGUCCUAUAAAGGGGACUCGAUGGAAGUGCAGCGACUGUGAUGACUUUGACCUUUGUGACCAUUGUUAUAUCAUUACAAAACACACCAUAAGACACAGCUUUUUACAGAUUGAUGCGCCAAAUUCCAGAUCGGUAGCCACUACAAGGAAAUGCAUCGGUACUCCUCCGGAAUGGGAAAUCAUGGGGCGAUCAGAAUACCAUGGAACUUUGCAGUAA